CUAAUUGCGUUCGUCUAAUGCUCGUAGAUUUUCAAGCACGUUUGGGAGGUAUUGGCACAGUUUACAGAUAGGCAAGUGUAGUCACAACGAACGGAAACCGAUAAAAGGUCAUUUUGUGUUUUUGUUUUGGCAGGUCGUCAUGCUAUGGCAGAAUAUUCACAUGCAAGUUCGGUUGAUACUCUGAUGGAAAAUCGCCCUCAUCUAAUUGAAAAUAAAUACCCAAUAACAGUUUAUCGGAGAGUUCCAGGAUUGAAAGAUUUAAAAAACAUGAGAGACAUCUGCACACUCCACGUUAGUCCAAUACCAACUGGCUUAUCAUUCGAGAAGAAAUUGGAAGAGUAUUUUAGAUACUAUGGUAAAGUUAACCGUGUGGUUAGACAUGGAAAUUUUGCACUGAUCACUUUUGAAGAGUAAGUGAUGCAUGAUUGAUUGUACAAAGCAUGAAAGAUGCAUGUCAUGAUGAUUAACUUAUUUUUCUUUUAUCAUUUAGCUAUGAUUCAGUUGACAAAGCUCUACUUGAUAUUCCUCAUCGAAUUGAUGAAUAUACACUUUCUCUUCAAAAAUAUUCAGCAACUUCAAGUGAUCCAGUUCUUGUUGAACCAAAAAGUGCUAGUGAAGCUUUCAUUUUACCUCCCGAUGUGCCGGAAAAAUGGGAAGUAAUCGGGCAAUCAGGUGAUGAAGGAGGACAAGGUGAAGUAGCUAUAAUACGUGAUAAAACCAACGUAAAUCGUCGUGCAGCAAUUAAAGUUUAUAAAAAAGACACGAAGGUGAAGAGAUGGCGAGCACAUCGUGAAUUGAUGGCUUUAGUGAAACUCAAAGGUAUAGCGGCGAAGCAUUAG